AUGGCCGCUCAAUCGACGCUCCAGCAUCGGGAGGAUCCUCUCGUGGUAUUGUACCACUACUAUAUCAACCUUACUCCGGCCAAAACCGUCGCCACUAUCGCUUUAAUCCUCUCGAUCUUGGGAACUGGAUACGGAGGCUAUAAAUGGUUUCGCGAGAGGUCGCAGGAGCAUGCACAGGGCAGGCGAGGGAAGGAUGGAACCCGGACCAUAUACGUACCCUACAAGGGAUCCAUGACCUCGAAGGUCAAGAUCUACCCAACCAAACCCACGACGUUUGAUGCGCAUCGGCGACUGUUUCUAAACCCUCCUGCAGCCGCCCGUACCCCACCGCCGAUGACGAAGCCAGGCCUGAACCUCGCUUUCCUGCAUCAGUUCCUCAGCCUGGGGAGUAUCAUGGAGACGGGUCUUCUGAUGGGUCAUGGCCUUUUCCUGCUCCUACGGACGUAUCUCUCUCUCUUGAUUGCACGCCUUGAUGGCGAGAUCGGCCGGGCCUUUGCCUGGGGCAUCGUGAAGUGGUGUGGCAUCGGAACACUUGCAUCAUACACCAACGCCAUGAUCAAGUUCCUCCAGUCAAAAGUGUCUAUCGCGUUCCGGACCCGCUUGACGCGGUACAUCCAUGAUCUCUACCUUACCAACGACAAUAACUACUACAAACUGAUGAACCUGGACGGCAGCAUCGGCCAAGGGGCGGACCAGUUCAUCACGCAAGACCUCACCCAGUUCUGCACUGCAGCGGCAUCGCUUUAUUCCUCGAUGGGCAAGCCGUUGGUAGACUUGUUCGUCUUCAAUUACCAGCUGUAUCGCUCCUUAGGACCGUUGGCUCUGACUGGAAUCCUCACUGGGUAUUUCAGUACGGCGGCAGUCCUUCGGAGACUCUCGCCUCCUUUCGGCAAAUUGAAAGCGGUCGAAGGGAAGAAAGAGGGUGACUUCCGUAGCUUGCAUUCCCGACUCCUCGCGAACGCGGAGGAGAUCUCGUUCUAUGGGGGCGCAGACAUCGAACGCGUGUUUCUGGCAAGAAGCUUCAAAGACCUCCAGCGGUGGAUGGAGGGAAUUUACAGUCUGAAGAUCCGGUACAACAUGCUCGAAGACGUUAUCCUGAAGUAUGCUUGGUCUGCAUUCGGUUAUCUCGUUACGUCCCUGCCGAUCUUCCUACCUGCGUGGGGCGGAUCGGGCGGCGCCCUGGAGUUGCUCGAUUUACCGGAAGGCACCGGUCGUGAGCGCGACCGCAUGAGAGAGUUCAUCACGAACAAACGCUUGAUGCUGUCAUUAGCGGACGCGGGCGGCCGUAUGAUGUAUAGCAUCAAGGACAUUUCGGAACUGGCCGGGUACACAUCCAGAGUCUACAGCCUGAUCUCCACCCUCCACAGGGUUCACGCAAAUGCAUACUACCCUCCGCGGGACUCUGGUGCGGAACUAUACUCCUUGGCCGACGUUCAGGGAACCGUCCACAAUGGUUUCGAUGGCGUGCGCCUCGAGCAGGUUCCUAUCGUUGCCCCAUCCCUCUAUCCCCGCGGCGGUGACGAGCUUCUGGAGUCGCUGUCGUUUGUCGUGCACUCUGGAGACCAUCUCCUGAUUUCUGGACCCAAUGGCGUCGGCAAGUCCGCCAUUGCGCGGGUUGCUGCCGGGGUGUGGCCGGUGUAUCGUGGCUUGGUCAGUCGGCCACGGGGUUUCGGGCUCGAUGGCAUCAUGUUCCUGCCUCAGCGGCCGUAUCUUAGCGUUGGAACCCUGCGGGAUCAAGUCAUCUACCCCCACUCGGAGAUCGACAUGCGCGAGGCGGGAGUAUCGGACGCUAUGCUGCAAAAGGUUCUGGAUGAUGCCCACUUGGGCUACCUUCCUUCGCGGGAGGGCGGCUGGGACUCGCGGAAAGAGUGGAAGGAUGUAUUGAGCGGUGGAGAGAAACAGCGCAUGGCCAUGGCUCGCAUCUACUACCACGAGCCGCGGUACGCGUUCCUUGACGAGGGGACCUCUGCGGUCUCGUCCGACGUGGAGGGUCUGCUGUAUGAUCGAGCAAAGGAGCGGGGGAUCACGGUCAUUACGAUCUCCACGCGCGCGUCGUUGAAGAAGUACCACACCUAUAGCUUGAACAUCAGCAUUGGCGCGGAGGGAGAACAGUGGGAGCUGGAGAGGAUUGGCACCGCCAAGGAGAAGCUGGGAGUCGAGAAGGAGAUCCAGGAGAUCCGCAAGCGAUUAGACAAGGUAGAGGAGUGGAAACGGCGGCGUGAGGAGAUUGAGGAGGAGUUGCGCAAAGUCUGGGUGGAAGAGGGGGAACUUGCUCCUCCACCUUAUGAGGCCGGCUCUGAAGCUGUAGAAGCUCAGGUAGACCUGCCCACCAAAAUGGUUGACAUCAAAAUGGAAGGCGAAGAUCCCGGGGCGAUUGUCAUCCCGAUUGACUCGACAUACAGCGAUGGGGAUCGCGCUGGCUGGCCGACGGGGGACCGAUUCGACAUGCCCGACGACAGCUACUAUCGGCGCAAGAUUGCGAAGCUGUGGGCGCAGAAGGCGGGCUUUUAUGAACCUGGAAAGGAAUACAUCCUGGAUACUUUACCAGACGGAUAUGCGAUCUUUGACAGACCGCGCGGAACAGACCCUGAUAUCGCACCCCCGGCAGACGCGGCCGACCCCCAGGCAGUGGCAGGAAACCCGGUCGACCUCCUGGCUCUGCUCGAGGGCACCCCGGACGUGUUCAAAGCCGCGGUCAUCAAACUCCGCGCGAAGGGCCAGCUCGACGAAAAGAUCACGGAGCCUGUCAGCAUGGACUGGCGCGCCGAGCGCACGCCGCUCCGCGAAUACCUGGAGAAGCUCAACAUGCUCCCGUCGUUUGUGCCGCGCACGGGCGAGCUGGUGCUGUGGACGACGGAGUACGAGGGGAAGCUCGCGUGGAACCCGGAGGCGGGGCAGGUCCAGAUCUGCCGACACAAGGAAUGGCACGGGGCUCCCGAAUGGCGCGCGGGCGUCUGCAUCCGGCCGUUCGGCGCGUACGAGCAUUUUCUGCAAGGGGUGCCACGGGAGGAACUGCAUCCGUCCAUCGAGAAUGCCCUGACCGUCAUGGCUUCGUUCAGCAUGCUGGAGAAAUACCGCUUUCGGGGCACGUGGCCUGAUGCCGCGAUCUACUGUCGUGGGAUCUUUCUGGGGGCGGAAUUCCUAGCGGUUGGCGACGCGGUGCGGCUCAAACCGUCGGGGUGCGAUGCAGAUACAGUCGGUCCUGCGACAGCAGUCACUCCCAACGUGAUGGUCAUCCACGAGAUCCGCCUCGAGCUGAAGGAGUGCGACGCCGACCCGCGAUCCAAACAACUGGCCGAGACGUACCAGGUGCGCAUCCAGGGCAAAGUGUACACGAACGACCGCGAGCGCGCCGCAGCACUCCUACAACGGAGCUCAAACUCCCCGCAACCCCCACCAAAGCCCCUCACCUCGGACGAGAUCGCGAGCACCUUCCACUACGUCGGCAUGAGCGGCUACGGCGAGUGGUACCCGCUCCACUCCGGCGCCCUAGUCAAUAUUUCCCAAGACAUGAUCCUGGGCCGCUGCUACGAGCCCGACGCGAUGCAGCUGCUGUUCCGAUCGCCGGCGCUCCACUACGAUCUGCACGGGGUGCUGCGCGGCCGGGCGUACUCGCGGGCGACCGACGAGCGCAUCCGCCCCGGCAAGCGGUGGUUCUGGGGCGAUUUCCGCACGCAGACGCUGGCACUCGACACGCUCAACGGCGAGGACGUGGGCCACUACAGCGACGUGCGCGACGUCAAGAUGUGGCGGGCCAAUUUAAGGGUGAUCGACGGCACGGCCAGGGCGGCGGACUUCCGCGACGCGAAGAUCCCCGGCGACGUCGGGCGGCCGUCGACCAAGACGGCGUCGAACUUCGCGAAGGUCGGCAAGCUCAGUAGGCUGGUGAGCACGGGGUUGGGGGCGGUGGACGGCAGUGCGCCGGCGAGUUCGGCAGAGGAUGGCGAUGGCGAUGGCGAUGGCGAUGGUGCUGUCUCUGGCGGGGAGAGUGAGUCCGAGGAGGAAGAGUAUACGCUACGGAUCGAUCAGUUGCGGGGUGGGACUGAGGAGACUGAAGGAGGGGACUACGUUCCAGGACCGGGCACCACCGAGCAGGAACCGCAGAACAAACGAGCGCGCAUGAUGGAAAUGAUGUAG